AUGAGUGAAACACCUUCAACUAGCUACUCGGUGAAUCAGCCUAACUCCUCUGAGAGUGAACAGAGUUUAAUCGUGCGCCAUUUCAAUGUUACUGAGCCUGUUGUGGCAAAACGGAUCUGUUUCUAUAAAAGUGGAGAUCCUCAGUUUAAUGGGAUCAACAUGGUGAUUAACAACCGGUCUUACAAAACAUUUGAUGCCUUGCUGGACAGUUUAUCCAAACGGAUUCCAUUACCUUUUGGAGUAAGGAAUAUUAGUACACCAAAAGGGAGACAUAGCAUCACCAAUUUGGAGGAUCUUGAAGAUGGAAAAUCUUACAUUUGCUCCCAUCAGAGGAAAAUGAAGCCCAUCAACCUGGAACAGGCUAGCAAAAAGCUACUUCCCUGGCAGAUCAGCAGGCCUGUCAGCGCUCAUGGAUUUGGCCAUCGAGAAAGUAAAAUAACAACUCCCAAAAAGAUGCUUGUUUUCAAAAAUGGAGAUGUAAGACUCAGGCGCACCAUAGUUUUGGGAAAGAAAAAUACACAAACCUUUGAGGCCUUUUUGGAUUAUAUGAGUGAGUUAAUGCAAUAUCCAGUUGUGAAACUAUAUACCACUGAUGGGAGAAAGGUUCCUAAUCUUCAGGCUCUGAUAUUGUGCUCUGGAGCUGUAGUCGCAGCGGGGAGAGAGCCUUUUAAACCAAGCAAUUAUGAUUCUCUUGGGUAUUCACGGCCUGCUAAAUUGCUUGGCAUUGCAAAUCGUGUGUACCCAAAAGCAAAUGUCAAGUCAGAAAGUGAAAAUAUGAGAGCUGAAAUGGGGUCUAGCUCAAGAUCUCAGAUAUUCUCAGUGUCUUCUGAUAAAGGGUCCAGCAAUGAUAACAACUUGAAUGAUAACAACUCAGAUUCUUCCUGUGUUCCUCACAGUCAUAAUGAUAUAGGAGGAAAUCAGUCAGUUACUGGCGAAGACUUAUCUGUGGCACAAUAUGAAGAUGACAUUGAGAAAUCUGUUCACCUUAAUCAAGAUGGCAGUAUCACAGUGGAAAUGAAAGUUCGAUUCAAAAUUAAAGAGGAAGAAACCAUUAAAUGGACAACCACUGUAAGUCGUGCUGAUAAAAAUACCACCGUUAGCAAUUCUGCAAUGCAUGCAGAAGACUCAUCCAAUGUAAAUGUAUCAGAACAUAUAAAACCAAAAGAUACUCUUUUUUUGAAGAGCUACAGUAAAGAAGAGGGAGACUCACUACAGCAAUUCAAUGCAGAAGUGUCAGACAAAGAAUCAGAGUCUGAUUUAAAAACUGCUGGUUGUAACACCUGUAUGAAGAGCAAUUCUGCAGAUCUAGAUGUAGGCAGUGUACCUGAGGAUAAUAUCAAGCCUCGCUUUUAUAGGCCUCCCACCCCUGGGCCAAGGCGUGUUAGACAAAAGAAAGCAGUACUUGAAAGUGUCACCUUGGUUUCUGAGAAAGAGGUUCAGGAGAAGACAGUAGGACAGUUUUCCUACAGUGAGGAAAUACAGAAUGGAGAAAAUAAAUCUGAGUAUUGCAUGGUAUCUCAUUCAAGCAGAAAAAAAUCAAGUGUCAGUAAUCCAAAGUUGAUUGAGAUAAGUGACAAUGAUGCAAUGCAUUCAGCCUGUCCUGGACAUAGACAGAUGAAGGUGAUGGUACCUCCACAUGGCAAAGGUCCUACUGACAAAAUAAAUCCAGCAGCUGGGUUAUUUCCUUCUGUUACUGAAAAUGAGGAUCAAACCACUGUCAGGACUGAAUCUAUAAUGGCAGCACGCCUCAUUGAUGACAGCCAAUCUGUAUCUUCCCUCACUAGAAAGAAGAAGAAGAGAAAAUCGUCUAACUUCCUAGAACAAGGUACAUAUGAAGAUCAAAAAGAUAAAGGAAUUUCAGAGAUAAUUAAAAGUGAGGUAAUGCAUAUCACAAGCAAACCCCCGCAGGAUUCCACAACAGAGGCUAUGGAUGAUUAUUCUGAAAUGCCUCAGAAAAAAGGAAAGGAAUUUUUUGUAAAAAACAACGAUGGCUCUGUCAAUUCAGACAAAAGUGUCUGUCCUGAAGAUGAGUUCUACCACUUGGAUUUAGAAAAUGGAUUGUCAUCUAACAAAAAACCAAGAAGUAAUAAGUUGUUCAAGACAAAAUUGAAAUCAGGCAAAAAAAAUAGUAUAGUUUCAUCUGCAAAGAGUGAAGAUGAUCUAGUGACAGUUGAUUCAAACAAUGAGUCUGAACACGAAGAUAUUGAUGCUUCUAUAUAUAAAGAAACAAGAUCUAUCGCAAACAAAGGACAUGUGACUGCAAAAAACCAUCUGCUUGAACAUAAUCUAACGAAAAAAAUAUUAAAACCGAUUGGUCAUUUGGGACCUUCAGAACAAUCAGCCAAAGAUUCAUAUGAAAAACAAACUGACCCCUUGAUUCAUGCUAAUACAACUAUAAUAGAAACAGCCAAGUAUUCACUAAAGUCAGAAUUUUGUCGUGAUGCUAAGCUACACUUGCUUCAUGAAACAUCUGAGAAUGAUAAAAUGAUCUCAGAAGUUGAUAUUCAAGAUACCAACCUAUGUCAAAGAAAAAAAUCUGAGGUUGCUGUUCAAGUUGAUUGUGCAAUUGUCAAUGAGAAAAUGGGAAUUGAUGUUCAGAAUAAUUGCAUGUCUAUCAUGUUGCUGCAUGAGCUACAAUCAACUUUGCUUGGUCUCCAGAAAGAACAUAAUGGAUGUGUAGGAAAAGCUUGCACCCUUUCAGAUCUUUCUUCUUCAGCUUUUAAUUCUUCCUCCAAUGUCCUCCUAGCAUGGCUACUUGUAUUGAAUCUGAGAGACAAUUUGAUUGGGACCAUCAGAGAUGAUAUGCAAAAAACUACCUGUAGCUGUUCCGAAAUAUUUACACAGUUGCAGUUUCUGAAACAAACUACAGUCAUAGAAAAAGCUGAUGAACUGAAGGCUGCCUUCUCACAUUUUCAACAAUCAACAGAAAAUAACUUAUUACCCUUUGGGAGGGAACUAAAAAAGCAGGACUCCUCACAUUGCCAUGAGAAUAUGCCCAUAUCCGAAAUUCAUAAUGGUUUAGGUCUGCACGAAAAUGAACAGGCAGUUGAACCGUGUGUUCCAAAGGACACUGUAAAUUCUGAAGAAGCUCUAAAAUUGACUGGUGAACUAGAAACCUGCUUUGAUAUACAGAAAGAUCCUUGUGAAGAAACAGAGACUUUAGACUUGAGUGCUCCCAAAACACAGCUAAAUGGUCAAUAUGCCAAUAGUAAUUCAAAUACCUGUAGCCUUGCAUCAGCUAUAGAGUCACAUGAAAGAAAGGAAGAAAUGCCCAAUAGCCUAUAUAAAAAAUCUCAAGAUGAAAACACUAAUACAUCAUUCACUAAUGAAGAGUCAGAAACUUCAAUAGAGCCUAACUCGACAGUUCAUAGUGUAACUUCUAAUGAUAAACAUCAUAUUUUGGAUCAGGAUACUUCUGAGUUAGAAUGUGAAAAAGAUAUACAUGUUACUACUGAUAAAAGUGAAGAUGAAAAAGUUGAUUGCAAGUCAUCAGGUAAUGAGAAAACCCCAAAUAACCAAUUUAAAUUAGCCACUGAAACCUCUGUAGAAUAUAAUGAGGAUUAUUCUGUACAGGAAGACAAAGAUGCAGAAACUUGUGAGGAAACCUCUGAACGGUUAUCUACAGUCUCUCCAUUAUCAUUUUGUUAUGAAUCAAAGCAAGUUACAGAAUGUGAUAUGAGUGAAGGAGAAGAGAAAUUGCAAGUAGAAGAACUGGAUAAUAAAAUGUGUUUAGACACUUCUGAAGUAAAAAAAUGCUUAAAAAGUCCUGCUACUUCAGACUGGUCAGAUUACAGACCAGAUACUGAAGAAAGUGAUUAUAACUUCAGAGCAUCCAGUGAUCUGACCAAUGAAAGUGGGGAGGAAGCAAUACUCGAAAAGCAUUAUAACACUGGCUAUGUAAAACGAACUAUUGAACGACUUUAUGGCAAGACAGAAGCUUCAUUUAAACCUGACUUUCACAAAGGAUUUCCUUAUAUGUUGAAAGUAUUUCAAAAGGAUACUGAAGAAUUCCACUCUGCAGUCAUGGAAAAAACCAUUUAUUUUUCUCAAGAGCCUAGGUCUUGUUCUGGUGAGAAAUUGUCACAUACUUCAUUACCAUCACAAGAAUUUGCAGUAAACAUAAACAAAGAUGAGACUAUAUCAAGAAGAGAAAAUACUUCUUUACCAACACCACAACCUACUCUUAACAGAGACGAGACAAGUUACACUAUUGACCAUUCAGCGGAAUCUCCAAAACAACAUUGUCAACCUAGUAUACCAGCUAAUGAAGAUGAAGGAAUACUGAUAGAUAAAGGCAAAUGGCUUCUCAAAGAAAAUCAUUUGAUUAGAAGAUCACCACCUGAACGGGUUGGAAUGUAUGGUAAUUUGGAUACAACAUCAACGGACACAGUCCUUGAUACUAACAGUGAUGAUGUUCCAUACUCACACUUUGGCAAUCUGAAUCAAUACCCAGACCUCAAUGAAAUCUCUUCUUCAGAACUUGAAGAUAUGGCUAAACCCUCUGAAAAUUUUUGCAACUAUUUCAAUAUGCCUCAUAAUAGUGAUUCAGACCCCUUUCAGGAUGACUUAAAUACAAAAAGCAAACCUAGCUUCGAUAGUAAGAUCAUUUCCCUUCCUGCAGCAAAGAAAGAAAAGAACAAACCAUCUUCUACACAUUGUUUCACACAGGCUGAUACCAAUUUUUCACCUUUUCAAACUGUAGAAUUUAGAUUGCCUGACAACAAGGUUCGUCCAUUGGGACAGCCUUUAAGUGAUGAACCCAUACAGUCCCAGCCAACUGAUGCUAGUAAUGCUAACAGAAGUGCGCCUCAGGAAGAAGACUCUCUGGAUAAACUCCAUGCUAUAUGUGGCCAACAUUGUCCAAUACUAAUGGUGACAAUAACACCAAUUAAUGAGGAACAGAGAGGGUAUGCCUACCAAAAAGCAUCUGAUAUUGAGAACCAGCUGGAUCCAUGUUUAUUGGCCAGAAAAAGUGAACGUUUAAAAUGGUCAGGCAAAGAUUUAAUAGCAGAUGAAAAUAAUCAUGUGAUUCUGAAGAAUAACUGUAUCAAUAAUAUUGCCAAUAAUAUUUUGAAUAGGUUUUAUGCAAAUAACACCCUAGAUUUUAUUAGUAACUUUGGAAUAUUUGUAUCAUCAACUCUGAAAGACACAAGCUGUUUAGAGAAGAUACAUGUUACAGAGGACAUGAAUGUAAACCCCAUGGAAGGCAGCAAAUGUCAAAAUAACAUAGCCAAACACAUACCCAGUGAUCUUGUGAUAGGCACAAAUAUUGAGCUACCCAAUAGAAAGCAAAAAACAUGCCAAAGUUUAAGAAUAAGCCAAAUUCAUACUGUUGGAGAAAAAUAUUCUCCCAUGUUGGCAGAUCCAGCAGAAACCUGUCAUUCUGAAACAUUUCUGAAGUGUAACACUUCUUUAAAUAACGUUGAACAUAAUGCCUCUGAGAAUAUGAAAAAUGAAAAUGCGCUUCCUCCAGAAGAAGAAGAAGAAGAGAAAGAAGAGGAAGUUUGCUUUUGUACAAUGGACAAUGGAAACAGUAAAGAUGAGAAAGACUUAUAA